AAUGAGCAGUGCGUCACAGCCGCACGAAGACCGAAGCCGCGAAGAAGACGAACAAACGCUCCACAGUUUCCCCAAAGCAAGAUGGCGGUGCAGGAGACGGCAGCUCAACUCUCUAUGGCCCUAAAGGUGCAGGAAUACCCAACUUUAAAGGUUCCUUAUGAAACCUUGAACAAGCGCUUCCGAGCAGCUCAGAAGAAUAUAGACCGGGAGACCAGUCACGUGACGAUGGUGGUGGCGGAGCUGGAGAAGACGCUCGGUAGCUUUCCGGUGGUGGAUACCGUAGUCUCUCUCCUGGAUGGAGUGGUUGAGAAGCUCAGCGCCCUCAAGAGGAAGGCAGCUGAGUCUAUCCAAGCAGAAGAUGAGAGCGCCAAGUUAUGCAAGCGGCGCAUAGAGCACCUGAAGGAGCACAGCAGUGAUCAGCCAGCCAGCGUCAACGUUUGGAAGAAGAAGCGCAUGGACCGCAUGAUGGUGGAGCACUUACUACGCUGUGGCUACUACAACACCGCAGUCAAGCUAGCCAGACAAAGUGGGAUUGAGGAUUUGGUCAACAUAGAAAUGUUUCUUACUGCAAAAGAAGUUGAAGAAUCUCUCGAGCAUCAGGAAACGGCUACCUGUCUGGCUUGGUGCCACGAUAACAAGUCUCGCUUACGGAAAAUGAAAAGCUGUUUGGAGUUCAGUUUAAGGAUCCAGGAAUUUAUUGAACUCAUUCGACAAAAUAAACGGAUGGACGCGGUAAGACAUGCACGCAAACACUUCAGCCAAGCAGAAGGAGGGCAGUUGGACGAGGUACGGCAAGUGAUGGGCAUGCUGGCGUUUCCCUCAGAUACACACAUUUCACCGUAUAAGGAUCUUUUGGAUCCAGCUCGCUGGAAAAUGCUGAUCCAGCAGUUCAGAUAUGACAAUUACAGAUUACACCAGCUGGGGAACAACUCCGUGUUUACCAUUACCCUGCAGGCAGGGCUGUCUGCCAUCAAAACCCCAAUUUUAUUUUUAGUUUGAUGGUAUUGUUAUUUUGAUGGUUGUUUUUUCAAGUUGUUGGGUUGUUGUGUCUGCAGUAAGUCGCUGAACAAAUUGGCUCAACAUCUUCCCAUGGCCCACUGUGCAAACUCAAGGCUGGUAUGCAAAAUCUCUGGCGAGGUCAUGAAUGAGAACAACCCACCCAUGAUGCUGCCUAAUGGCUAUGUUUAUGGAUACAAUUCUCUCUUGUCUAUUCGUCAAGAUGACAAGGUGGUUUGCCCCAGGACCAAAGAGGUUUUCAACUUUUCCCAGGCUGAGAAGGUUUACAUUAUGUGAUGGGAGCUACACAUAAGUUUUGGGACGCCUUUGUAGGCUGGGCGAAUCUCACAUUGACCAUUUGUCAAAGGGCGUCAAUCCUUCAGCCCUUGUUCCAUGCAAGUGAAUCUCAUUGACAGUAUGUCCUCGUCCUCAGCUGGCCUGCAAGACCUUCUCUGAACUGAUGGUUCAAAAUAACAAUGCAGUCGUCCUGCACCAGACGGACUAUUGUGACGAGGGAUUUUUUUGGGUGUUUUUAAAAAGGUUGAUAGUUUGGCAUUUAUUGAACUGGUUUCAUUUCAGUAGUGUAAAACAAACCAAUACGACUCCAUAUCAAUCUCAAAGGAGCUUCUUCUUUGUAGUGUGUUAACAAAAUGAAUUAUUCAUUGUUGUUGUUUUUUUUUAACAAGGGCACCCAUUUAGGUCAUAAUUUUUAGAUGGGUUGUGAGUAGGUAGUUGUAGAGAACAGUCUCCGAUGCCUUGCUUUUGCACCUGUGAAAUCUGCGACAACUUGCAUUUAUGUCAAUGUGGUAUUUUUUUUUGACUGACAUCCUCACUUUGGGGCAACAUGUUAAAAAAAGUUGUAGCAUUUAUAGCAAUACUGCUCUUUGUCCCAUUUCUGUGGGUUCUAUAGACUUAGAAAGAAAUGGCGGUGUUCUUUGGUGUCAAAAAUCACAUUAGUUUACACUUUAACUGUAAAUACUAUACUGACGACUUAUGGACUUUUAUAUAAUCAUCAUUCAUCAAAUAAAACAUCCUGUGUAUGACCAAAGUCCUUUUAGGACAAGUAUGCAAGAUUGGAUUUUGAUGGAUAUGCCUAAAUUUGGAGCAAUUUUUUUAACUAAUGGUAUGUUGUGUUAUAUAAACAAUAUCAUAUGUUGUAAUUAAUAACUUCAUGCUGCAUUUAGUGCUGUUUUAUGACUAAAGGUUUCAAUGGCAAACCUAAACCUAACCCUAGUUUUUGUGGUUUUGGGUUUCAGGGUAGAUUCAAAUCUCACACAGUUUUAUUACAUGGACUGGAGUUUUGUUUUUUGUCCUCCAACGUUAGAAUUUGUUAUUAUCCAGCCUUGAUUUUGUGAUGUAAAUGUCUUGUGUGAGUUUCCUUCUGCUGCAAAAUGGAUUCAAAUGGAUCUUUUCAUAAAUACAGGCUAGUUUUACAGAAGUCUUACAUUAUUAGAAUUUGCAAAUUCAUUGUAAGUCGUGUAUAGACUCGUUUUGAGCACAAUUUUCAAAACAGGAAGUUGUUAAGCACGGUUUGAUCAUGUUCACCCUUGCACACAUGCCUAGAAAGUCUCAGGUUUCACAGGAUCAACAGCAGGUAAUCAGUGAGUGGGAUCUUUGAAAGGCCCUCUGGUCUUUUAGUUUCACUUUGAAGUGCACCAACAUCUGUUCCUGUUGGAAGUUAUUCUCCAAGUAUAUGUUUAAUUGUAACUGUGGAAAGACUUGCUUAGAAACUGCGCAUGCAUGUGUAUUUUGGUAGGGUAGAUGGGUUGUUUGUGUCCAAUUGCCAAUAAAGAUUGUUUUGAUUAUG